AUGGCGGCGAUGCCCCCGCUCAGCCUGGCCGAGCUGCUGGACGCGGCCAUCGGCACGCCCGAGGUGGGGGCCGUCAACUUCACGGCGCUGCACAGCCUGCUGCGGGCCCUGCUGCAGCACCUGGGCCUGCACCACCUCCCCGCACCGACCCCACAACCCGCACCGACCCCACACCGGGCACCGGGCCCCCCUGGGGGACAGCCCCCCCAGCCGGCCCCGGGAACCCCGGGGGGCUCCGUAGCCCCCGAUGUGGGGCAGGAGAGGAGCGAAGCGCGGGACGGCGACUCCACCGAGGCCCCGUCCGUCCCCCGGGACCUCCUCGAGGCCAUCAGCGGGGUGAAGGCGGCGCAGUCCCGCAUGGCCGAGGACAUCCGCGGGAUCAAGGAGCUGCUGGGCCUGGUGAGCUGCCCCCGGGACGGGGACAGGGCCCUCGUGUCCCUGGCAGGCGAGCAGCGGGGACCCCGCAGCGGGGCGAGCCCGGAGAGCGACGGGGAGGCUGCCGGGAGCCGGUCUGCAGCCUCCGAGUCCUCCGAGUCCCCCGAGUCGGGCGAGGAGGGCACCGAGCAUGGGGGGACCCCGCGGGGGACGCAGCCUGCGCCCAGGACCGGCAAGGGGACACCGGGGACACGGCCCCGCUCCCCGGGGACGCGAGCAGGGACGCGGAGAGCACCAGCGACCCCCGAGAGGCGGGCAGGCGCUGCCCCCGAUCGCACGGGGACGGCUGGUGCUGGUGCCACCGCCCCGGGGACGCAGCCGGGGGUCCCUGGCACUCAGGCUGCCGUGCUGGGGACACAGCCAGGGUCCCCCGGCACCCAGACCUCCACCCCGGGAGCACAGCCCGGAUCCCCUGGCACCCAAAUCACCACCCUGGGGGCACAGCCUGGGUCCCCUGGCACCCACGUCACCGGCCUGGAGUCCCCUGGCACCCACGGCACCACCCCAGGGACACAGCCAGGGUCCCCUGGAGCCCCAGCCACCACCCUGGGGACACAGCCGGGGUCCCCCAGCACCCUGGCCACCACCACGGGGAUGCGGACUGGGUCCCCCAGUGCCCCGACCACCACCGCGGGGACACAGCCAGCACCUCCCUGGUCCCGAGGAGGAGGAGGAGGCGGAGGAGGGGUCCAGCCGAGCCCCCCCAGCACAGCACCCGGCCUCCCUGGCACUGAAGCCACCCCGGGUGCUCGGGGGACACGGGCGGAUGCCGCACGCCCCGAAGCACAGCUCCACCCGGCUGCCCAGCCCCUCUCGCCCACCGCCCAGGGACCCCAAAUGUCCCCCGACACCGCCGCCGGCUCCAAGUGCCCCGUGCCGGGCUCCAGCGCCGCGGGGCUGGCGGAGGCCCUGCAGCGGGUCGCCGAGCUCGGCCGCCUCUGUGCCACCCUGCAGGGGCAGGUGGCCCGGCUGGAGGCCACCAAGUCGGACCGCGCCGAGCUGGAGGAGCUGCGUCUGCUCUUCCCGGAGGGAGACCAGGAGAGCAUCGCCACCCUGCUGGCCGACCUCCGGGGCCGCGCGUCCUCCCUGCAGGGCCUGGCCAGCGACCUGCACGGCCAGGGGGAGAAGAUCAAGCAGCUGCAGGACGCCCUCGGAGAGCUGGGGCUGGCUGGAGCCGAGGGGAAAUCUGGCGGCAGCCUGGGGGCCCUGCUGCAGGAGCUGAGGACGGAGCUGAGGGAGCAGCAGGAUGCGGCCAAGGCCACGCUGGAGCAGCUGGUGGCCACCACGGCCGGGAACCUGCAGGAGCAGCUGGACGAGCUGAGGUCGCUGCUGGGUGGCGCGGGGCCGGACACGUUCCCCGCCAGCAGCCCUGGCGGCACGGAGCCGGUGCCGGCCGAGUGCCCCGUCUGCAGCACCGACGUCAGGGCGCAGCUCGGGCAGCUGCUGCGGCGCUACGAGCAGCUCCAGGAGCUGGUGGACUCCGUCCUGGCGCGGCAGGCCAUGGGCAAGGCGACCCGGCACCUCCCCGGGAGGAGAUGGGAGGACGAGGAGCUGCUGAAGAGCAUCCAGGCCUCCAUCCUGCAAGUGCAGGGGGACUGCGAGAAGCUCGGCUCCGUCACGGGGAACCUGGUGGAUGACCAUCACCAGAAGCAGAAGGACAUUGAGGCUCUGUUCCAGUCCCUGGAGAGGCUGCAGAAGGAGAAGGCGGACAAGGAGGAGCUGGUGCUGGAAAUCGAAGUGAAGGCAGACAGAGCCGCCCUGGCCGGCAAGGUGAGCUGCGCCCAGUUUGACGCGGCCGUGGAGCAGCUGAAUAAAACGAUCGAGGACACGCUGAGCAAGGUGACGGGGCAGGAGCAGGGCUGGCACCGCAUCCAGCAGAAGCUCGUCGAGGAGCUGGGCUCCAAGCUGGACCGCCUGGAGCUGGCGCCGCUGCGGCAGCAGCUGGAGGAGCGCUGCAGGAGCAUCCUGAGGCAGCUCGAGGAGCGGGCGCCGCAGGCAGAGGCCGACGAUGCGGCUGGGAUUAGGAAGCAGCUCCUGGCCCAUUUCCACUGCGUGUCCUGCGACCGGCCCCUGCGCAUGGCGGUGCCUGGCCCGCACAUCGUGACCAUCCCGCCCAUGCCGCCGCUGCCCUCGCGCCUCUCCGCGUGUCCCCACGCCGUCUUCGAGCCGGAGCACCUACGGCAGCACGGCCGCGGGGAGUGUGGGGCCGGGUGCGGGUACCUGCGGGUGCCGCGGCGCUGCGGGGGGCAGCACACCCGCACCCCCCCUCUGCAGCGCUGCCCCCGCCUCCAGCACCUCCCGCCCUGCGCCCCCGGGCACCUCCAGCCCCACGCCGGGCUCCCCGUGAAGGACGAGGUGGAGCUGCUGGGCCAGGACGGGCACAUCUACAAGGGCCGGCGGGACGCACGGCUGCCUGCCCUCGUGGGGAAGGACGGCUCGCGGGGGGACAAGCCCCAGCUGUCCCCAGGGCAGCGUGGCACCCAGGACCUCCUGCCCUCACGGCCCCACAGCGCCAUGUCCUUGCUCAGCCGGCCGGGCACCCCCAGGCCCCAGGAGCUCCGGACGGCAUCGCCCUACGGCCGCAUCCCCCAGGGACCGGGGCUCCCCUCGCCCCCAUGGGCGCCGCAGGAUGGCAGAGAGACCCCGGCAGCGGAGAGGGGCCGGGGGGGCCCAGCUGAGAGCCCCCCCUGGGCACCACGUGGGGGGGCCGGCCAGGAGCAAUAAAGGGCGGUGGAUGGGCAGCGGCUGCACGGCCGGGGUUGGUUUGGCCGUCAGCAGCCGUCCUCCGGGCUCCUGGGGGUCUUGUUCCCUGCUGCAGGGCUGCCUCCAUCCUUAUGUCCCUGUAUCCACAGCUCCUUACAUCCCUACAAACCAUGCCUCCUUACAUCCCUACAUCCAUACUUUCCUGCA